ACUUUUCUGCCUGUUGCCGUUAAGCCUGCCUGCAAGAUGGUUGUCCUAGGUGCCUUGCUAACUCUAACGCUGAUCCUGCAGACUGCUGUAACAAGUCCCGAUGAACACACCUUUUACCUUGUGACCUUCACCUCCCAGACAGUUGGAGGCAAUAGGGAGAUACUAUGUGCACAACUCCAUGAGCCGAAAGAACCAGUCUCAUUUCGGGUGUCCCUGACUGUGGCACCAGAGAUAGAGGAAAUUCUGCUGGAGGAAUCUGUAACAGAUCAUUUCCAUGAAUGUGUUCCUUUUCAGGUUCCAGUUGUCUCCAGAGACACAGUGGCUCAUAUUAGCGUCACAGUAAAAGGAGAUACUGUAGACCUGAACAAGAAUUCUACAAUGCUUAUCCAGCCAUCUCAGGAACUAACCAUGAUUCGAACAGACAAGCCAAUUUACAAACCAGGACAAACUAUUCAGUUCCGCGUUGUGUCUUUGGAUACAAGCUUCUUGCCUCACAAUCAAAUGUACAAAAUGGUGGAACUUCAGGACCCUGACAAUAACCGCAUCGCUCAGUGGUUGAACCGGUCCACAGUGAGUGGGAUUUUGGAUCUAUCCCACCCUAUGCCAUCUGAUGCCACCCAGGGCAUCUACAUCAUCACUGCUUGGAACGAGAAGAACUUGCAGACCACUCACUCUUUUGAGAUCAAAGAAUAUGUUCUACCCAAGUAUGAAGUGACAAUUCACCUUCCUAAAGUUAUAACAAUCUUGGAUACUGAAGUACCAUUGAAAGUUUGUGCCAAGUACACUUAUGGAAAACCAGUGCAAGGAUCGGUGAAAGCCACGGUUUGUCGUAAAUCUUUUCAACACUACUGGUUAAUGUCAAGUCCCUCUUUUCAAGACAUCUGCAAGGAGUAUUCUAUGACGACUGACAAGACUGGUUGUGCUUCGCAUAUGGUGGACGUCACAGAGUUUGCUUUGAAUAGAACUCGAUACCAAGACAGGUUUCAUGUGGAAAGUGAAGUGGAAGAGUUUGGGACAGGGGUAAUUAUGAAAGGACAAGACAGCACUCGGUUCACCACUCAGAUCGUCUCCAUGGCUUUCGAAGAUGCACCACAUGCAUACAGACCUGGAAUUCCAUAUGAAGGAAAGAUUAAGGUGACUGGUCCAGAUUCGGCCCCAUUCAGAGACACACCUGUGCAUCUCUUUGUGAGAUACCAGUCACAUGAGGAAAACUUGACACUGACCACAGAUGGCUAUGGUUUCGCCUCUUUCUCAUUGGACACUGUCUCUUGGGGCAAGAAUGAUGUGAGACUACAGGCUCAGUAUCAAAAGACAGAGGAAAUGGUGCAUGAUUACGAUUACCACAGACCAUCCUACGGCACUGCCAGCCACUUCGUACAGCCCUUCCAUUCAAAGAGCAACAGCUUCCUGAAGUUCAAGCAGGUCUCCGAGAAGCUUCCAUGUGAGGAGGAUGGCACAGUGACUGCUCAUUACAUCAUCCAGGGAAAGGAGCUGCGUAAAAAACAGCAAUCCCUGGAUUUUUAUUACCUGGUCCUUUCCAAAGGCAGCAUGAUUCAGCAUGGACAAUUCUCUGUGGCAGUAAGAGAUGGAAGAGCAAAUAAAGGGGACCUGUCUCUCUCACUGAACAACAUGCAAAAGCUAAGCCCUUAUGCUCAAGUGGUCAUGUACACGGUGUUGCCUCGUGGAGAAGUGGUAGCCGACAGUAUGGACGUGCCCAUUGACCUGUGCUUUGCAAACAAGGUUUCUUUGAAGUUCUCUGCUCCUGAGGAGUUGCCUGGUGAGGAAACAUCCUUGAAUCUCAGAGCCUACCCAGGAUCGCUUUGCUCUUUGCGGGCUGUGGAUCAGAGUGUACUCCUUUUGAAGCCAGACGAUGAGCUAAGUGAGGAUUCAGUAUUCCGGAUGUUACCCGUCCAGAGGCUGUCUGGAUAUCCAUACAAGGUUGAUGACGAAGAUUCACAACCUUGCGUUCCAAGAAGACCAUCUAUCCUUGCACGACCAGCACCGCCUCGGCCAGUAACAGACAGGAUAUCUCCUUUAACCCGAACCCUACCAACACUUUCACCCCCACCACGCCGCAGACAAAUGAAGCGUUCUUUGUAUUUUGGCCCUCCUCAUGAAAAGGUUGAUGUGCACAGUAUUUUCAAGGAAAUUGGCGUGAAGAUAAUUACCAAUUCUGAUGUGAAAAAACCUGUCGCCUGUAGAUUUCGUGAUCACAUGUUCUUUUCAAGGGCCUCUGGUAUAGCUGAAGAAGCAAUUCCAAUGGCUUUUGCCACAGAUGUUGCUGAUGAUGUGGGCGCCAGAGGAGCCGCAGCUCCAGAAGAACCAGUAAAGACCAUCCGUACAUACUUCCCAGAGACCUGGAUUUGGGACCUCAUAACCGUUGACAAUUCUGGCUCUGUAGAUGUUGUGAAAAAAGUCCCAGACACCAUUACUAAGUGGGAGGCUGGAGCCUUUUGUAUGUCCCCCGUCGGAUUUGGACUGGCUCCCAACGUAGGCCUCACUGCUUUCCAACCCUUCUUUGUGAGCCUGACCCUACCUUACUCUGUUGUUCGUGGGGAAGUGUUUGCUCUCAAGGCUACUGUCUUCAACUAUCUCUCCAAAUGUAUCACGGUGAAAGUGACCCUUGCUGAUUCUGAACAGUUCACUGCCCAGCCAUUUGAAGGCAUGGAGUACACGCAUUGCUUAUGUGCAGAAGAGAGCAAGACUUUUAAAUGGAUCCUCACCCCCACUGCUCUGGGUGAGGUAAGCUUAGAGGUCACUGCUGAGUCUAUAAAGACAGAGGACCACUGUGGGAACGAGGUAGCCGUGGUGCCAGAGAGAGGUCGCAUUGACACGGUGGUGAGAAAAUUAUUGGUGGAGGCUGAGGGAACCAAGCAGACUAUGAGCCAUAAUGAACUGCUCUGUCUGACAGACGGUCCGGUAGAGAGAGACGUUUCUCUCAAGCUGCCUGAUGUGUUUGUGGAGGGAUCUGCCAAGGCCUCGUUCUCUGUACUGGGAGACCUCAUGGGCCGUGCUUUGAGGAAUCUAGACAGGCUGCUGGCCAUGCCUUUUGGAUGUGGAGAGCAAAACAUGGUGCUUUUCGCUCCCAACAUCUACAUCAUGCAGUACCUGGAAAGCAGCGGGCAGCUCACCCAAGAGAUCAAGAGCAGAGCUAAAAGGUUCCUAGAGAGCGGGUAUCAGCGAGAGCUCAAGUACAAACACGACGACGGUUCCUACAGCGCUUUCGGAAAGAGCGAUGCCUCAGGAAACACCUGGCUCACUGCCUUUGUGAUGAAAUCUUUUGGCGGGGCAAGGCCGUAUGUUUACGUGAACUCCGAGGACAUUGACCAAGCCAAGGCAUGGCUUGGUCGAAUGCAGCAGAAAGACGGUUGCUUCGCCUCAGUCGGGAAGCUCUUGAACAACGCCAUGAAGGGAGGUAUCAGCGAUGAGGUGUCACUGACGGCGUACAUCACCGCCGCGCUGCUUGAGCUGGACAUUGAGCGCAAAGAUCCCAUGGUGGAGAAAGCCUUCGGCUGUCUGAAAUACGCGGUCGACCAGCAGGAGAGCACUUACUUAACCGCCCUGCUGGCUUACACCUACACUCUGGCCGGUGAUGAAGAAACAAGGGCCGAGCUCCUAACUCGCCUAGACAAGCUGGCUAUCAGCAGAGGAGGUGAACGUCACUGGAGAGGAAGAGAGGAUCACGGGAAAGGGACUGACUCUUUGGAGGUAGAAAUGACUGCCUACGUACUGCUGGCCCUACUCUCUGGGCCUGAGAGACCAGAGUUUGGGUUGGGCUACUCUGCUAGCAUCGUGCGCUGGCUGGCCAAGCAGCAGAAUCCGUUUGGCGGCUUUGCCUCCACACAGGACACAGUGGUUGCUCUCCAGGCCUUGGCCAAGUACAGUGCUGCAACCUUUAGUCCAGAAGGAGCAAGCAUGGUGACCCUGAUUUCUCCUGGGGGUCUGGAGUACGAGUUCUCAGUGGAUCAACACAACAGGCUGCUCUACCAGGAGACGCAACUUCAGGAAGUGCCCGGAACGUAUCAGAUCAAAGCAGACGGCAAAGGCUGUGUGUUUGCACAGCUCGCUCUGCACUAUAAUAUCCCCCCUCCUCCUGACUACACUGCCUUCAACAUCUCGACAAGCACCGUGUGCAAUAAUACAAAGCAACCAUCCAUUACAGUGUCAGUGCAUGUCAGGUAUAAUGGCAGAAGAGAGGAGACCAACAUGGUGAUCAUUAACGUCAAGCUGUUGUCUGGAUUCCUCCUGGAUGAGGAGUCUUUGAGGCCGCUGAGGUCAGACCCGACUGUCAAACGUGUUGACCAAGAAGAUGGACAUGUCAUCAUCUACCUGGAUGAGCUGAAAAGAAUGGAAACCAAGACGUAUAAUCUGGUAAUUAAGGAAGACGUAGCGGUGCGGAAUUUGAAACCUGCUGUGGUGAAGGUUUACGACUACUACCAAACAAGUGACGAAGCUGUGAGUGAAUAUAUGUCCCCCUGUGCUGAGAGUGACGAUGUGAAUGAACUUUAGGACGUUCCACAAAACCUCUUGCCCCCUGGCUGAUUAUGUAAUGUUUUACUUGGAAGAGACAGAAGCCUCCAACAAUGUUUUAUACUAAACGAUCAUCUCAUUUCACUGGACACAUAAAUUGGAAUAAUUAAAAACAAACAAAAAAAAGCAUUUUGUGAAUAAUGUUUUUAGGUUGUUUUUUUUUUUUUUUUUAUCUUUUUUUCCAUUUCAACAUUUGUCAUACAUAAAUGUAGUUACCACCUUGAACUGUGUUCUGACUACUCACAUUCUGUAAAUUGUUUUUUUUUUUGUUUGUUUUUUGUUUUUGCUAUUCAGAAACAGAAUCAGAUGAUCACCUCUGCAGUUGCUUUAAGUCAGUGUUGACAUUUGUAUGGCAAGUUUGUUGUAGACUGACCAAAUUUCACCUAAUUUUUGUGUUCAUGUAUUUGAGUGCAUUAACAUAAAUAAAAUCAAAACACAUUUCUCAA